AUGCCUUCUGCAGAGACGAAACCUAGGACGCUCUAUGACAAGGUCUUUGAUGACCACAUCGUCAACCAACAAGAUGAUGGCACUUGCCUGCUCUACAUCGAUCGCCAUCUCGUCCACGAGGUGACCUCUCCCCAGGCCUUCGAGGGUCUCAAGAAUGCCAGCCGCAAGGUCCGCCGGCCGGACUGCACCCUGGUGACUGUCGACCACAAUAUUCCCACCAGCUCUCGAAAGAACUUCAAGAAUGCCUCCGAUUUCAUCAAAGAGACCGAUUCCCGUCUUCAGUGUACGACACUGGAGGAGAAUGUCAAGGAUUUCGGGUUGACCUACUUUGGUAUGGGCGACAAGCGUCAGGGUAUCGUGCACGUCAUCGGACCCGAGCAGGGCUUCACUCUACCCGGCACAACGGUGGUCUGCGGUGACAGCCAUACCUCCACACACGGUGCAUUCGGUGCUCUCGCCUUUGGUAUUGGAACGAGUGAAGUCGAGCAUGUCCUCGCCACCCAGACCCUUCUCACUCGCCGAAGCAAGAACAUGCGGAUUCAGGUUGACGGUGAGCUUGCUCCGGGUGUCACUUCCAAGGAUGUUGUGCUUCACAUCAUUGGCGUGAUCGGCACCGCGGGAGGUACGGGCGCUGUUAUCGAAUUCUGUGGCUCUGUGAUUCGUGGCCUGAGCAUGGAAGCCCGCAUGUCCAUGUGUAACAUGUCCAUCGAGGGUGGCGCGCGUGCUGGCAUGAUCGCUCCCGACGACAUCACUUUUGAGUACUUGAAGGGUCGCCCUCUUGCUCCCAAAUACGGUAGUGCCGAGUGGAACAAGGCCGUCAAGUACUGGUCCUCUCUGAAGUCGGACGCGGAUGCUAAGUACGACGUGGAUGUUUUCCUCGAUGGUAAGGAUAUUAUUCCUACCAUCUCUUGGGGUACCUCUCCUCAAGACGUUGUCCCCAUCACCGGGGUUGUUCCCGGACCCGAUGACUUUGAGGAUGAGAACCGCAAGACCUCGUGCAAGCGUGCCCUUGAGUACAUGGGUCUCACUGCUGGUACGCCGAUGAAGGACAUCACUGUGGACAAGGUGUUCAUCGGAUCGUGCACCAAUUCACGUAUCGAGGACUUGCGUGCUGCCGCGAAGGUCGUCCAGGGCAAGAAGAUUGCCGCCAACAUCAAGCGCGCCAUGAUUGUUCCCGGAUCAGGUCUGGUCAAGGAACAGGCCGAGGCUGAGGGUCUGGACAAGAUCUUUACUGAUGCUGGUUUUGAGUGGCGUGAGGCCGGUUGCUCAAUGUGUCUCGGCAUGAACCCCGACAUUCUAUCACCCAAAGAGCGCUGCGCGAGUACUUCCAACCGUAACUUCGAGGGCCGGCAAGGUGCGCAGGGUCGUACACAUCUCAUGUCCCCAGCCAUGGCUGCUGCCGCUGCCAUUGUGGGUAAGCUUGCCGACAUCCGAGAGCACAUCGUCUCGAGCCCGGGAACCGCCAAGGUCCAGCCUCAGAUCGAACUCCAGCCCGAGGUGGACUCCAUCGAGACCGAGGACGAGCUGGAGCGUGUUCUCGAUUUGCCCGCGGACAACGAGCCUCAUACCAACACAUCCGCUGGCACCAGCGCUGGCCUGCCCAAGUUCACUGUGCUGAAGGGUACUGCCGCGCCCCUCGACCGUGCCAACGUCGAUACGGAUGCCAUCAUUCCCAAGCAAUUCCUGAAGACUAUCAAGCGUACGGGUCUGGGCUCUGCCGCUUUCUACGAGCUUCGAUACCACCCCGAUGGCCAAGAGAACCCGGACUUCAUCCUGAACCAAGGCAUUUACCGAAAUUCCAAGAUUCUCGUCGUGACCGGGCCCAACUUUGGUUGUGGUAGUUCCCGCGAGCACGCCCCGUGGGCUCUGCUUGACUUCGGUAUCAAGUGUAUCAUCGCCCCUUCGUUUGCAGAUAUUUUCUUCAACAACACAUUCAAGAACGGCAUGCUUCCUGUCGUCGUUUCAGAUGAGGCUGCCUUGAAGAAGAUCGCCGACGAGGCUCGCGCUGGUCGUGAGCUCGAGGUCGAUCUUGUCAACCAGGAGAUCAAGGACGCGCAGGGCAAUAAGAUUGUGGCCUUUGACGUUGAUGGUUUCCGCAAGCACUGUCUCACCAACGGUCUUGAUGACAUUGGCCUUACCCUGCAGAUGGAGUCGAAGAUUCGUUCCUUUGAGGCAAAGCGCAGCCUGCAGACGCCCUGGUUGGAUGGCAGUGGCUACCUUCGCCGUGGCAACCGGGGUGCCACCAAGAUCGAGGCCGCCCCAGUGCCCACCACCAACCGUGGAGAUGUCAAGGGCGAGCCCCUGGAGUGGUGA